AUGGCACUCAGCUCCCGCCGCCAAUUCAUCCACUACACCGCCGCAAGCCACUCCCCCCUCUUCUCCGCCGCCGGUGACUCCUCCUCCACCACCUCCACCUUCAACUCUAACGUCAUCAUGAUCGUCGCCGCUCUAGUCACGGCCUUCAUCUGUGCUCUUGCACUCAACACAAUCGUUCGGUGUCUCUUCCGCCUCACCAUCCACUCUCGCCCCUCUAUUCCCACCGUCCUCCCCCGUGCCGCAGCCGCCAGCCGGCGAGCCAUCCGCAAGCUCCCAGUCGAGUUCUACUCGCCUGGGCUUAAGUUGGUCGGGUCAGGUUCGGAGUGCGCUAUUUGUCUUUCGGUGAUCGAACCGGGCGAGCAGAUCCGGCUUCUUCCUAACUGUUGCCACAUUUUUCAUGUGUGUUGUAUCGACCCGUGGCUUUUAACCCGGCCCACCUGCCCAAACUGUCGCGUAUGCCUCUUUGCCACAAGCCGGGAGAGCUCCGGUUGUGGCGAACCGGAAGAGGUUGGUCGAACCGGCAUUGAGCCGUUGGAGCCGGAAGGAUUUGAAUUUGGUUAUCGAUUGUAG